CUAAUAUAUUAUAAAUCUGAGGCGAGCGUUCCGCUUCUCUUUGGCUACCGAAUCUUAGUUCCUUUUUUACCGUUUGGUCGAUCCACAUUAAAAAUUGCAGGUUUGAUACAGCCAACCUAUUAAUCAUUUUGACGUUAAAAUAUAACAUCUGUUAAAAAAAGCAAACUGCGAACUUUUGGUAUCAAUCACACCCCACGGCAGUAUCUGAACGCACCAUGAAAAUAGUACUUUUCUGGGCAAUUACACUGGUUCUUACAGCACAGCUGUUGCUGUCGGCAUCGGAAGAUGUUAACUGUGCGGCUCUGCAGGAGUCAUGUCGCAACCUAUCCAUGUUGAUGCAGUCGGUUGCGGAUUUACCUUUAGCUCCGUGGCCAGUCAUCACACAGUAUAUCAAUGAGCACCGAGGACAAUAUCAAACCUAUUGCCGCUACUCAAAGGAAGCUGGACAAUGUUUUCGCAACUUAACCAUGAAAUGCCGCACCUGGAGCGAACAACAAGGCGGGGCACCGUUUGCAGCCGUUGUGAUGCAAGGAGAGAGCUUAGUGGCCAUGGGGCGGCUGUGCGACCUCUUUCCUGAGCCCCUUCGCUUGUUGGCUGCACAACAGCAUUGCGAAGUUCAGGAUGCCGGUCAUUUGUUCCGCUUCACAUUGCCCGAUGUGGAUCCGGAGCUGCAUAACCAGACCCGUGAGUCUCUCCUGACUGCGACAUGCAGCGCAGUCAGAGAAACGGCUAUUAAGAUUAAAGGCGAACACAGCGAGGAGCUGUUACAAAAGUGUGGAUCGGAAGCGGCUGAUGUGGUGACGGAGGGAAUGGAUAAAAUGUUUACCGCGUGGGAAUGUCCACUUUGGAUUAGCGUUGCACCGGCACAGGAAUAGUUUACCUGGCAAAAGUGUGUUUGUUUGUGAUAUUAUUGUUUUGUCGUGUUCUGUAGCUUAGAUGUUGUUGUCACUGUAUCCCAUAAUGUAAUUCGCACUUUUUUGCGGACAAUUAAUAGUAACGAUCAUUGACAUACUUUUGAGUUUUGAAGCUUUAAUAUGUAGCUAAAUUUUCCGAGAUAUUCCACCUACAAGUAUAUUCGGUAACGGGUGAGUCGGUGACGUUAAAGGUGUUGGGAUUUCGAAAACUGAAAAUUUUACACCAGCUGCGAAAACUUUUCUGCAUGGCAGCAUUUUUGUGAAGAAAUCAUGAUUUUUACGGUUGUUAGCAGUUGUUAAUUUCAAACUGCUCAUGUGAAGCCAGUUCGCAGUCGAAGUGAUCCGAUGCUAUGCAUUUUGCAGCCGUAAUACACAACGGUUGCGUUUGCUCAGCAGUCAACUGUACUAGCGGAACACUGAAAUUAAAAGUUA